GCUGAUUUAUGAGACUACAGUUUUACAUGUUUUAAUGUUGACAACAUUGUUGUAGUAACUAAGGUUUACAAUCCACCCACGCAUUGAGUCAUUUUACAACUUUCUAGAUUGUCGAUUUUUUCCAAUAAUAGAUUAUCAAAUGGAGGGUGUAAAGCAUGUUUGGAGAAAGGCUGCCUGCGUGCUGUUCGUCACAGGGCCUUUCAAAUACUGUCCACAGAAGGCUCCUGGUAUGAGGGGUCUUAUAGAGGCCCAUGUGAGGGGGGCAAGACCCCCCACGACCUGUUUCCUAGAGAAGGACCCUCAGCAGAGUCACAGAGAAGAUAUGGAGAUUAUGUUUGUCCAGCGACACUCAAAGUCAGGCUUUAUGCCGGACAUGCAUGUGUUUCCCGGAGGUGUUCUGGACAAAGCCGACUACUCUGCGGACUGGCUGACAGUGUUUUCUCAUCACCAGACCUCCUUCCCCUCCCUCACCAGCACACACACACUCCCCCUCUACUCUCAAGUCCCCUCCCCCCUCUGUGGAGAGGUGGCCUUCAGGAUCUGUGCCAUUAGGGAGAUGUUUGAGGAGGCCGGAGUGCUCCUGGUACGAGACAGAGAUGACCACGCCCCCCUCUCCGCCCUCCUCCCAGGAACAUUCAGCCCAUCAGUGAGAGUGUUGCCUGAGGCCACUCGGGAACACUGGAGGAGAAGGGUCCAUGACAAUGCACACGAGUUCCUAGCACUAUGCAAUGAAUUGAACUGUGUGCCUGACAUCUGGUCACUUAUGGAGUGGUCCAACUGGCUCACCCCUCGUAACCACAAGAGACGCUUCGACACCAUCUUCUACAUGGUGUUCAGUGGGGAAAAGCCUUCCAUCCAUCCUGACGGCAUUGAAGUCACCAACAGUGCAUGGAUGAGCCCAACAGCUGCAACAAGAAAGCUUCAAGACAAAGAGGUCAUGCUUGCCCCUCCACAGUUCGCAGAGGUCAUGAAGAUGCAGAUGUUUCCCAGCUCUCAAUGUCUUCAUUCCUCCGCUGUUCACACUAGUCUUGCAGAGGGAACUGUUCGUAGGAUCCUCUCUGCAAGAAUACUCGCCAAAGAUGGAGUGUUGAUUUCAGUCAACGAGUUUGACGACCUGUACCCUGCCCAAGGUUCAGAGGACUGGCGUACCCAUGUACAGCACCCCCAGGCCCUUCAUCUGAGGGACAAAGUUCAGCUGGUGCUCUCUGAUAGCACUGUCUCUGAGUACGAGAUCCCAGACCACACGGCAGAGGAACUGUUACACCUGUCCCAGUCUUACAGUCGGAUGGAGAUGCACUCGUUGGAUGAUAUCAGAUCACAUGACAAUUCAAACAAUGUUAGAACACUAACUGAACAUAUAGACCGUUUUGCAUCUUUGUAUGGCUGUAAAUUAUGACAUUUUUGUCUAAACCAC